UAGCUGGAAUGUACGGGGCUCUGGCAUGACCGAUCGCUGGAAAUUUUUCUUUCGGAUGAUGCGGACCGAUCGCCGCCGACAGGAAUGGCGUCAGGCGAUCCCUCUUCUGUCGAUGCUUCUGGUAAGAUUCUAGGGGAAAAUGCCAGCCAUGGCUGGAAGUCCGAGGAUUUUCUAGAGGCGGAAGAUUUCUCUAGCCGGACCGAGGAGGAGGCCACGGAUGAUGGCAGCUCCGAGGGCAAAUCGGAGUAUUCGCAGUGCCGCAGCGCGAAUUUCAGCAGCGGGCGCAGCUGGUAUCACAGCCCCGAGAGUGAUCUUUUGUUUGGGGGCUCCGAUUUGAGCGCCUACUUUCACGAUGCUGGGGGCUCUGGGGACGCAUUCGUCGAUGCGCUGGACGAGUGCUUCGAUUCCGAUAAGGACCGGGCAUUUUUUCAUCAUCAUGGCGACAGUGGUGACGAUGGUAUCGUCCGCGGUACCGGGCUCUAUGACGAUGAAGAAGACACUGGUGGUUUGAAGAUAAUCUCCUUGAGCGAAGAACUCCAAGACGAAGAGUCGCAGUUGCUCGAAGGUGUUGCUGUGGAAGAAGACGUUGUUCCAAGUGAAGUAGAGCUCAAAGAAAUCGACAGUGACGAGACGCUCCUCGGCAGCACCCAUGACAAGGCGAACAGUUCCCAGGAAUUGGAAACGAUAGAACAAGAACAAGACGGUGGCUUGAAAGCAGACGUUCUUUCGAGUUUCUGUGAGACACUUGGAGAUCAAGUUUCCGAGAAGAUCACGACGAUAGCUGGUCCUUCCGAAGCUCCCGUAAUUGAGAAGAAAAGAUGCGUGAUGCGGCUGGGAUCGAAAGAAGCAGAGGAUUUGCUGCAGCUGGACGUAGAAGAAAUCGUUCGUCCCUUGCGGCUCUCGUCCAUGACAGAAGAUUAUCGCAAUAGUACCGAUUGGAGCAGAGAUCACUUGGGACCCGACGAGCUCUCGCGCUAUGUUGAGACGCUUGACGUGAGAGAAACUUACAUGGACACUGUCUGGGACAUGGAGGAGAUACUGCUCGAUACAGGUGAGAGCAGUGGAAAUCAUUCAUUUUGGGCUAGCAAAGGUGGUGCAGCGAACAGUCCUACGAAGUCGUCAUGGACUAGAACAUCAACUUCAGUAUAUGAUGGGCUAUGGAAAGUGGACUCCGUGGAAGUGACUGGAGCACGCCAGAGACGAGGGGGUGCGUCUCUGGGUGAACGAGUUGUGGGCGUCAGGGAGCAUACCAUUUACAGGAUACAGGUGAAAAGCGGUGAAAAUCAGUGGGAAAUAGAACGACGGUACCGGGAGUUCGUUGAUCUUUUCCAGCAGCUCAAGAGGAUGUUUAGUGCACAGACCAGAGUACAGCUUCCAAGCCCGUGGCAGAAGGUGACAGCCGAGUCCCGGAAGGUUUUUGGGAACACCUCUCCGGAUGCGGUGGAGUUUCGGAGUGCUCUUCUCCAAGUUUGUCUCCAAUCGUCACUGCAAGCUGGAGUUCCGAUCAGCACGGCAGCACCUCUACUCAGGUUUUUGUUUCCUAGUCCGGGGGAGACACGCCUGCCUAUGCUGGCGGCUUCAUCGCAGUUCUCACCCGAGCUGGCUGCAAGAGAUCAAAACUUCGCCAUGCAGCUUAAAGAGCUUGGUUCUCCGAGACCGGGCACACCUAUAAGUCCGGAGCGACAAAACAGUGCCUUCGGAAGGACUAUUCGUCUGGUUUUACAGAUACAGACGAAAAAGCCUUUGAACCAGGUGUUGUUAAACCAACGUAAUCUUUGUGCUGGGUGUUACGAGCAACUCAACCCAACCAAGGACGUGGUUUCCGGUUUCAUCAAAUCUCUGGGGUGGGGAAAGCCAAGGUUCUGUGAGUACACUGGCCAGCUUUACUGCGUACGAUGUCAUCUCAACGAGACUGCCAUUCUACCGGCUCGAGUUCUUCGAUCUUGGGAUUUCACACCGAGAGUUGUUUCUCAACUUGCAAAGGCCUAUCUCGACUCCAUUUACGAUCAGCCCAUGCUGUGUGUCAGCGCAGUCAAUCCGUUUCUGUACACGAGAGCUCCCAUACUUUCUCAUGUAAGUGAGAUGAGAAGAAAGUUGAGCCGGCUGGUGAAAUGCAUCCGCUGCCCGUCUCGGAGCCGGAUCCAGCAGCUACUCGGCUCGCGACGCUAUCUUCUGGAGCAAAACGACUUUUAUGCGUUACGUGACCUCACAGAUCUUUCAAAGGGAGCAUUUGCUGUUUUGCCGGGAUUGUUGCAAGCAACACUGGAGAAGCUGACUUUGCACAUCACUCGCAAGUGCUCGGUUUGUCUGGAGCUCGGCGAGUCAUGCGGUGCUGGAGUGGUCUGUGACUCGCCACGGGAUUUAAUCUAUCCCUACGAGGACGAGAACGUCCACCGCUGCCAGCUUUGCAACGCGACUUAUCACCGCAGCUGCUUCAAGUCAAUCGAGACGUGCCGGGUUUGCACUCGAGAUCACUCGCCACUGCGGCCGCAAAGCGGCGGAGAUAGGGAGCAGUGUCCGAGCGCUUCGUCCUCUUUGGCGGCGGAAGAAAGCGAGGAAGCACAGGAGGAAGAAGAAGAUGGAGAAGACAUUGUCAAGAGCGAGCAAGCCUCGUCGAAGCAGCAGUCCAAGAGGAAUCUCUUCUCUGGCCUCUUCUCUUCUUCCUCGACGAUCGAGGCCGAGAAGAAGAAGAAGCUCCAAGAACGUAGGAACUCGGCGAUUGUAAACAUGAGCGCCAUCUUAGGUGGUCCCAACGAGCUCUAGAUCCAUAGAUUUCACAGGAGAAAACGUGUAAAGCUUGUCUAGUCUCGCGCUUCUUCCAGUUUUCGAUCGAUCUCAAAGGUUUUAAGUGACACUCGAGCUGGACGUGUGAGAAAACUAUAGAAAGUGGACCAUGGAGUCGUGAAAGGCUGGUCAAAAUUAACAUAGUUUGAAAGAAGAACCA